AUGAGCAGCUUCGCCAGCAGACGGUACAUCCGCUUCUUCAUCGCCGUGUUGUUCCACAUCCGCGGCCACGACUACCUGAAGAUCACACACGUUGGCAAGACACAGAGGAACAAAGCAGGCGGCACCGCGGUACUUACCGAUGCCGCAUCUCGUUGUUCUUCGCGUAGUCGUCAAAGCAGAUCACCACCACCUCGGCGUUUGUGCACCGUCGUCGAAUCCAUCGCCGUCAGCAUGAUGCUCACAUCCUUACCACCCUUCCACUUGAGUCGAAUCCGACGAAACAGAACAUCAGACCCCAUAAGGGCCGGAAGGUUUCGCAUGAUCCGAUCGCUCAUGUCCGGGACCGUGCCGUCAGGGUUCAAGAACACGGGCUCGACAACGUACCCCACUUCGGCGGACGGCGUCAACGAGUCCGCAAUCGUCAACGCAAUGUGCCGCUUGGCCAACGGGACGCUUGGCUGCAGGUACUUGAUCAUCUGCUCCACCGUCAACGCCACUGGCAUUGCAAUGUCGGAGGGAAUGCGACUGGGUGGCACCGCCGGAUCCGUCUGCGUGUACAUCUCGGUCGCCGCAGCCACCGGAUCUUCGGGCUCAUCAUCGCCCACCUCGACAAGCCCAACCGGGACCUCCACCGGCCCGGUUCGCGUCCUCGAACACCCAGACUCCAUCGUCCGUCGACACACGCCAACAGUCGUCACUUAUAGGCUGGCACGUUUACAUGAAAGACAGAAGACUGGGCGUGGUACCGGUGCCAUCACCCCGCGGAGCCUCCGCGGGAGCCGCCGCGGGAGCCGCCACCGGUCGUACCGAAUAGGCUCGGCCGUAUCUCCCGGGAUCUCCUCGAGGGCAUCGGCGUCGUCCGGAGCGUCGUCGUCGGCAUCGGCGUCCGGAGUGUCGUCGUCGGCAUCGGCGUCCGGAGUGUCGUCGUCGGCAGCGUCGGCGUCCGGAGUGUCGUCGUCGGCAGCGUCGGCGUCCGGAGUGUCGUCGUCGGCGGCGGCUUCGUCGGGGGUGUCGUCGGCGGCUUCGUCGGCGGCUUCGUCGGCAAUGGCGUCGUCGAAGGCGUCGUCGAAGGUGUCGUCGAAGGUGUCGUCGACGCCAUUGGCGAUCGGCGCGCGCUCGCCCUCCGACCAUCCCCACACCGCUGCACCCGGACUCAUCUUGUCGGCGGCUGCAACAAGCGUCGUCAGAUUGUCAAGCAACGACGCAGGCGGAGGUCCCGGCGACGACGGCGCCGCCGCCGCCGGCGAUGCUGCACGCGGCGCGGCCGCAGCCAUCGCGCGCACACUCAUGCCAAUGAUCACUCACUUAUAG